AUGGAGUUCCGCCAGGAGGAGUUUCGGAAGCUGGCGGGUCGCGCCCUCGGGAAGCUGCACCGCCUUCUAGAGAAGCGGCAGGAAGGUGCUGAGACGCUGGAGCUGAGCGCUGACGGGCGCCCGGUGACCACACAGACUCGGGACCCACCAGUCCUGGACUGCACCUGCUUCGGCCUCCCUCGCCGCUACAUCAUCGCCAUCAUGAGUGGGCUGGGCUUCUGCAUCAGCUUUGGCAUCCGCUGCAACCUGGGCGUGGCUAUUGUCUCCAUGGUCAACAACAGCACGACCCACCACCGGGGCCACGUGGUGGUGCAGAAAGCCCAGUUCAGCUGGGAUCCAGAGACUGUCGGCCUCAUACACGGCUCCUUUUUCUGGGGCUACAUUGUCACCCAGAUUCCUGGAGGAUUUAUCUGUCAAAAAUUCGCAGCCAACAGGGUUUUCGGCUUUGCUAUCGUGGCUACUUCCACUCUAAACAUGCUGAUCCCCUCCGCUGCACGCGUCCACUACGGCUGCGUCAUCUUCGUGAGGAUCCUGCAGGGGUUGGUAGAGGGUGUCACCUACCCGGCCUGCCACGGAAUCUGGAGCAAAUGGGCCCCACCCUUAGAGCGGAGUCGCCUGGCCACUACGGCCUUCUGCGGUUCAUAUGCUGGGGCGGUGGUCGCAAUGCCCCUCGCCGGUGUCCUGGUGCAGUACUCGGGAUGGAGUUCCGUGUUUUAUGUCUACGGCAGCUUCGGGAUCUUCUGGUACCUUUUCUGGCUACUGGUCUCCUACGAGUCCCCGGCGCUGCACCCCAGCAUCUCGGAGGAGGAACGCAAAUACAUCGAGGACGCCAUCGGCGAGAGCGCCAAACUCAUGAACCCCGUUACGAAGUUUAACACUCCCUGGCGGCGCUUUUUCACGUCCAUGCCAGUCUACGCCAUCAUAGUGGCCAAUUUCUGCCGUAGUUGGACAUUCUACCUGCUCCUAAUUUCCCAGCCUGCUUACUUCGAAGAGGUGUUCGGCUUCGAGAUCAGCAAGGUGGGCCUGGUGUCUGCGCUGCCCCACCUUGUCAUGACCAUCAUCGUGCCCAUCGGCGGCCAGAUCGCAGACUUCCUGCGGAGCCGCCGGAUCAUGUCCACCACCAACGUGCGCAAGUUGAUGAACUGCGGGGGCUUCGGCAUGGAAGCUACGCUGUUGCUGGUGGUCGGCUAUUCACACUCCAAGGGCGUGGCCAUCUCCUUCCUGGUCCUUGCUGUGGGCUUCAGCGGCUUCGCCAUCUCGGGAUUCAAUGUGAACCACCUGGACAUCGCCCCACGCUACGCCAGCAUCCUCAUGGGCAUCUCCAACGGCGUGGGCACGUUGUCGGGCAUGGUGUGCCCCAUCAUCGUGGGUGCCAUGACAAAGCACAAGACUCGGGAAGAGUGGCAGUAUGUGUUCCUAAUCGCCUCCCUGGUGCAUUAUGGAGGUGUCAUCUUCUACGGGGUCUUUGCUUCUGGAGAGAAGCAGCCGUGGGCAGAGCCUGAGGAGAUGAGUGAAGAGAAGUGUGGCUUCGUUGGCCACGACCAGCUGGCUGGCAGCGAUGACAGUGAAAUGGAGGAUGAGGCUGAACCCCCAGGGGCGCCCCCUGCUCCACCUCCUUCCUACGGGGCCACACACAGCACAGUUCAGCCCCCGAGGCCCCCGCCCCCUGUCCGGGACUACUGACCAUGUGCCUCCCACUGAAUGGCAGUUUCCAGGACCUCCACUCCACACAUCUGGCCUGAGCUACAGUGUCAAGGACCCCAGUCCUCUCUGUCCUGCCUCAGGCCUAAGAAGCACUCACCCUUUCUCCCAGUGCUGUUGAAUCCUCUUCUCUUCCCAAACACCUCUCAGGGGUAGUGAGCUGCAGACCAGCAGUUUCGAGGAUACCCAUAUUUCCCUAAAGGCCUCCUGAUAAGUUUCCAGGUCUGCUUCCCCACUCGUCUGCCUCAGUGGUUUCAGAACUCUCCUUUCAGGGCUUCAUUUGAAUGGACAGUCAAACCUCUUACUCUCGUGGUUUUAAGGCACUUGUUUUUUUUAACCCCAGGUACUGUCAGGCUACCCCCCCUGAGGUUACCCAGCCCCUGUCUCCUUUAAGAAAAAUUCAAGGUCCUUCCUCUAGAAGUUUCAAAUCUCUCCCAAUUCUAUUCUGUAUUUUCCAGGUUGGUUUAACACAUCACUCACCCCCACCAUUCCAGGGAUUGAUUCUCACCAGCGUUUCUGAAGGAAAAUGGUGGUUUCAAGUCCCCUUUGCACAUCCUUCCCCCAACCCCCAGCAGAUUCUCGUCUCUCUUUUGCUGAUGCACCAAAUUCUCCAAGACUUUCUCUCUAGCUUUGCACAAUGUCUAGGGAAACAACCAAAAUGGCGAUUUUAACAAUAUGCCUCUUCCCACUGCAAUGCACUUUCUUGGACAUGAUUUUCAGGUCUAAAUAGUGGCUGUUCAAGUCCAUCAUCUCAAUGGUCAGAAGCCACCACCAUUGAAUUUCCCCAUGGUGGUUUCAAGGCCUCCCCCUUCCUCCCAAUUCCUUGCACUUUAUCCUCCUGGGUGGUUUCAAGCUACCCUCAGUUUCUCAGUGGCCAUUUGUUGUGUCCCUCAGGGGCUAAAUGACUAAAAAAUCUGGGAUCCUUCCCCUCUAAUACACCCCUCUUUCAGUUUAGAAUUUGGGGAACAUAUGUUGGAGAAGUCACAAAAUCCCAGGAAAGGGAAUGGGGACGGAGGAGAGGGGUGUUUUCCCCGGGGCAGGGUUGUGUCUUUGUGUCUCCGUCUCUGUGACUGUAAAACCUGCUCUGCCCCACUCCCAAUAAAAUGCUUUGGUGUACAGAUUAAGUUAUCCUUGGCCAUGGAGUCACAGGAGUCUGGCCCUGAGCCCCUUCUCCCUCAGACCCAGGGGCUCAGCCUCCCAGCUCCUCCUCCCUUAGGUCCAGGAGUCCAGCCCCUAGCCCCUUCUCCCUCAGACCCAAAAGUAUAGCCCUUCAGACCCGCUUCCCUCAGACCAAGGAGUCCAGUCCGUAAUCUCUCUUCCCUCACCCAGAAGUCUCAGACCCAGUAGCCUAGGACCCAAGUCGCAUUCUCUCCCAGGAGUCAGGCCAAAGGUGAUCAGCCAUGGGAACACGUGAUUUAUUCCACUUCAGAUCGUGUUCUCAGGUCAUAGCGAAAGCACCUCUGUCGGUUCAGACCCUCUAUCCAAGAGUACCUCUAUGUAGCAA